CUCAACUUUCCCCAUUCUUUGUCUGCUUGAUGCGCUUCGACUGUCCCUUUUUUCCAAAAUGCUGAAGAAAGUCAUUUUCUAUUGCAAAUUGCUUCGUAUUGCAUUCUCGUUGAGCUUAGAGCGAGUGGGAUAUCUGAUCUCGGCUCGGAUCCAUCGUCUCACGUAUAAAGCAGUUCCCAAUCCCAAGAAUGUCGUGGUGGUGGGAGGUUCUUUUGCUGGCUUCUUCCUGGCAAAACAGCUAGCAGACUCCCUUCCUACUGGCUACCGGGUUGUAAUGAUAGAGAAGCAUUCGCAUUAUUACUUUACUUGGAAUUUCCCCAGGACUACUGUGGUCGAAGGUCAUACGCAAAAUGCAUUCAUUCCAUACCCCGAGGAGACUUCGAUACAACCAGCGGGAGUAUACUCUUUCAGACAAGGAGAAGUCGUGGAGAUUGGGGACAGUCAAGUGACACUGUCCGACGGCACCAGCAUCCCUUUCGAGUACCUUGUCAUAGCGACUGGCUCGAAUGCACGGUAUCCAGCCGAGAUGGUCGCCGACAACAAGUCCGACUGCAUGGCUUUCUUGGAGAAGCAACAACAGCGCAUAAAGGCUGCGGAUCAUAUUGUCAUCGUCGGUGCAGGCGCCGCUGGAGUUGAGGUGGCAGGGGACAUUAUGACCACGUACACGAAGAAGAAAGUCACCCUAGUACACUCACGACAACAAUUGCUGAAUAAGUUUGGACCUGAACUGCACAACAUAGCCAAGAAGGGUUUGGAAGAUCUAGGUGUUGAACUGGUCCUAGGAGAUCGUGUGGUUGCUGGAUUGGAUAGCGAUGGUCCUGCCGAGAUCAAACUACAAAGUGGAAAGGUGCUCAAGGCCGACUUCUUGAUCAAAAGUACAGGACAACAUCCACAGUCGAGCCUCGUCAAAAAGGCCUUCCCGUCCUCAAUCUCACCCUCGGAAAACAUCGUGGUUGAGAAGACCCUGCAGAUAAAGGGCUGUGCUCCCAACAUUUUCGCCUGUGGUGAUGUGAUCGACCUCCCUGGGCCGAGACUGGGCAGAGCUGCCUCAUAUCAGGGAAUGUUCGUCGGCGACAACAUUGUAAGGUCGAUCAAUGGGAAACCGUUGAAGGAGCAUAAGCCGGGAGUGAUUGAUGCUUCAAUCGAAUUGACAUUAGGCGUGGGUAACAAUGUGAUGUACAUCAACAAUGCAGGUGAUGAGAUGGCCUUGCCAAAGAAAAUGCCCGAUGUCGACAUGCAUGCGGCCCAAGCCUGGAAGCUCAUGUAUGCUACACCGUUUGAAGAUCCAGGAUACUCACCAAAGAAAGCUGCUGGACUGGCCCACGCUUGAAGGUCGCGCCCAUGAGCAAAUCCCCGGCGUUUCGGUCGUGCUGUUAUACAAGGGAAGAGACUUUCGUAUUGGUUGCUGGCCAGGUGAAGCGUCACUUUUUCUUGUUCUCGAGGCUGGAUAUUUUUUGUGUCUAUGGAAUGGAUACAUGGUCAACAUAGCAGGGAAAUGGUUUCAACGAUCUUUUUCGUAGCCUGGGCAUAUUUGGGGGCCAUCGCGAUCGGCUUCAACACACCCUUUCCCUUCCUCAUCGUGUCCGGUCAUG